CGUGGUCUCCCUUGGCAACGGGUAACUGUCAUCGGUCCUGCGGUGGUUAGAGGAGCUGUUCCGAAUCAGUCUCUGGUCAAAACCUUCCGCUACACUUUUUGUUUUAACAACUUUGCUUCUUUCCUAAUUCUUCCAGGGAGGACCGGGAUCACAUCUCUGUCUUUUAUACCUGAAAUAUCGCGGGAAUUCUACAGAGUGAAAACGAGAGAGGAGAGAACCAUGAGUCAUCUCAGUCAAGGUCUCCUGUCAAACUACAACAGCCUCACGGACAAACAUCUCACCGGCUACUUCAGCAACACUCGAAUCAGGAGACACCUGCAGAGAGCAGGACUGAUCACCAGGAGUGGGCGAAUUGUUUCAGACAAGGAGUACAAACACAAACUCAUCAAGAAAACCCACCAGAGACACAUCAGUGAGGGCCUGGCCCAGGCCAUUUUCCACAGGGUGUUGGAGAUGGAGCGCCUUCACCAAGCAGCAAUCAAAAGGAAGCUGGAGGAGUUUGCACGAAGAGAGAGAGUGCAAAAAAUGAAGAUGGGGCGCUCUAGAAGGUAUGAUGAAGACAUUACUCGCGUCCUGUCCCCACGUCCACCCACUGGGGCCAGGGACCAUGGGAAACCGCAUUCCGGACCUGAGGAGGAGCACUCUGAAUCAUCUGAGUCUCCGGGCUCGUCUCAACCCAACACAGCUCCAGGGAAGAUGCAGAGGCCGGUGCGCCUAAAGCCCAUCCACAGUGCCAGCGCCUCUGCUUCGCUCAAACACAGUUCCCCCUACAGACUCCAUGAACCCCCUCCUGAGAACGACCUGCUGUUCAACCAAACUAUGGACAGGAAGUCCUGCAGACAUCUGACCACACUGGAGGCGCACCACGGCACCUCGCCCUACCUCCCAGUCAUCAACAACUAUGUGACACCGGUGCCUCCGGUGACAAAGAGGAAAGAGGGGGGGUUAAAGGUCACUCCCAGUGGCACCAUCAGAGGACGCAGACUGCACCCCACCACUGCACCCAGUGGCACUGACGAGCCCCCGUGGCUGAGGAGCUCCAUUCACCAAACCAAAGUACACGUGAACAUGGUGUACUUUGGUAAAACGGUGCAUCUCUCCAACGACCUGAUCGACACAUCAGACGAGGUCAGAGUGUUUCAGCAGCACUGUGGAGGAGAAAACCUGUGUGUGUUCAGGGGAUAUCUCCAGGAGGGAGAGACAUUCCAGUUUAUUUCCAGGCGACACAGAGGCUUCCCCUUCAGCUUGACUUUCUACUUGAACGGGCUGCAGGUGGAGCGGCUGAGCUCCUGCUGCGAGUUCAAACACAAGAAAAGCUCCCGACUCGGAGGACGGCACGGACACUUUGGCUUCUCCAGCGUGGAGGGGGCCGCUCCUUGUUACAGGUGCAUCUUAGCGAUGGGACUAGAUACAAAGCCCACUCCUCCUCCAAAGAGAAAGAAAGAAGUUAGCGCACAAGAGCAAUCGGCGGAUAGCCCGGUAGAUGCACCAGAGAUGGGCACAGCGAGGACACAGGAGGAUGCAGCCUGCCGCUCAGAAUCUGACACCAGUCCAACACGUGACCCAGAGACUAGAAAUAAAGAACAAACGACACCUGUUGGAGCCAAAGGCAGAGAUGAUUAUGAAGAAGACUUUGAAGCAGAUGAUGAGGGUCCUGUAGAGGAGGCCACAGUAAAGGGAACAUCUCCAUCUCCAUUCAACCACACUGAAAAGAAGGAAGAGAAGGAGGCCUCUGAGACUGAUGAUGACAUCACAUCUCAUUCAGGCUCCAGCAGCUCAGGCAGCGAUCAGGAGGAGAGUGAUAGUGAAGGCAUAAAGGACGAGAAGAAGGAUGUACCUGAAGAGGAUCAGGAGGAAGCUGCCUCUCCGACCGACGAGACGGAGGAACCACAAACUCAAGUACCUGCUGCCACCAAAGAAGAGACUGUAUUGGACAGUGCGGGGGACAGUACAGAGAUAGAAAUCUCUGAGACCAGCGUCCCCUCAGGGAGCGAGGACAAACAAAACAAUCGCAACUCAGAAGACAAGACCCACGAGGACACGGGAGACGGGAACAAAGAGGAGGAUGAGCAGGAGAGGGCUAAAUCCGUGCAGGAGAAGCUAGCAGAAGCCAUCUUGAAGGAGUCCCAGUGCAGCUCUGAGCCUGAACUGAGCGACACCAGCACCGAGGAAGAGGAAGGGUCCGCUGACAAAGACUCUACCCCGGGCAAGAAAGAAGAAGUGCAAACUGUUGUGGAAGAGCCAAGGCAUGAAGAAAGUGUGACUGAAGAAGUGGAAGAGAAACAAAAAGAUUUAUCCAAAACAACGAAAGAGGAGGGGGAUGAGGAGCAAGAGCCUCUUGACAGCUGUGAAAACAUCAAAGAGGAGAAGGUCGAAGAGGUUGAGGAAGAUGAAAAAGCUGGAGUAGAUGGAGAUGAAUCAGAGGAAGCAGGUGGGGCACAGCUUCAUGUGGAUGAAGAAAAUGUGGCUCAAGAGGAGAAGACUACAGAUCCUAUUGAUAGAGGGGAGUCUCCUGAUGCUGUGGCUUCAGAAAACGAUGAGAGGAAGACUGAUCAGGAGGGUGAUGUUCAACCUGGCGAGGUGGAUGAAAGGACAAAAAGCAGAGAAGAAUCAUCAGUAUUAGAGCUGAGUAAAGAGACUGAUGAGACAGAUAACCCUGAGGAGACCGCUGCAAGCGAGACAGUGGAGAUCAAAGCAGAGUCCUCAGAGGAGCUAGAGGCCCUCAGCUGUGAAGAGCCACCUGAAGCCGACACGGAGAGGUUGCAGCAGCCAGACAGCGAGGACACAUCUCCAGCAUCAGAAACGGAAGUAACAGAAGAGAAGCCGAGCAGCUCAGCUGCAGAUCCUACAGGCGAACAUACAGCAGAGGAAACGGUAGAAGAUGAAACAACAACAGAAGCUAAUGAUCAAACAUCUGAAGCUGAUGAAAGAAACAAUGACUCUGAACCGGAGAAGCGUGAGGAGGAGGAACACGUAGAAACAGCGAUGAAAGAAAAUGAAAAGAUGUCUAAUGACGGCGAGGAGGAGGAGAAAAAACCUCAUCUGAAUUCAGAUGAUAUAACAGAAGAUGAAAAUACUCAGGAAGGAGAAAAUGAUCAAACAGAAGAGAUCGGUGAUGAAAACAAGGUGGAUGACAGUAUCACAGCAGAGAUUACUGAAGUUGAGGCUGGUGGGGAGGAGAAUGAAGAAGAAGCUGUAAAACCUCAGAAUGAAGUAAAUAACAUAGAAGAACAAGAAGAGACUGAAAACGAUGAGAAUCAUGAGCGUGCUGAAAAUCAGAGCAUCGAAGAAGAACCGGAAGCAGAGGUAGAUGUGAAAAGUCAAGUAGAUGAAAAAAGAAACGUAUCAGACAUGGCUUCUGAGGAAAAAGAUGAUGAAGCAGGAAAGCCAGGGGAAGUUGAGACAGAGAACAAAGAAUCUGACAAUAACAAAGAAGGUGAAGAAACAACAGAUGUAAUUGAGGACACAGCAGGAGGAGGCAAAACAUCUGAGAUCAAAGAAGAACCUGAGAAAAGGGAAGCCCCUGACAUGGCUGAAGAGACAACAAAGAUAGAUUCUGAAACUGUUGCUGAGUCAGAGGAAGCAGAAGAUGGGACUGAAACACCAAAAACAGCAGAAGAUGAAAACAUUAAUGAAGGAACUGCGGAAACAAGUGAAAAAGGAGAAGUCGAUGCUGAAAAUGGGGAGAUUUCUUUUGUAGAUGAGAGCAAAUCUAAUGAUGAGGAGGAGGAGGAGGCGGCUCCAGGUGGAGAUCAAACCAAGUCUGAGCCAGUAAAGCAAAGUGAAGAGGAAAUAAAAACCAAUGUAGCGACAGAGGAUGAGAACGCAGAAGUAAGAGUGGAGUCUGAAGGCUCUCCAACACAACAAAAGGAUGACGCUAAAGAAGGUGAUAACAGUUUGGAAAAACAUAAUGAAUCAGCCAAUAAAGACUCAGAACCAGAGACAUCUGGUCCAGAAAUGAAAGAAGAUCUUAGACAAGAGGAGGGAAGAGACAAUGAUGAAACAGGGGAAGAUGAAAAUGACAUCAAAUCAGACACUGAUGACAAAAUCAAAGAGCUAGAUUUGACUGAAGAUGACACCAACAUUAAGGAUAAUGUCAGUGAGAGAGCUCUUUUGGCAGAUGAGUACAAUUCUGCACCAGUAGAUGAUGUCGAUGGACAAUUGGACAAAGGGGAGGUUGAGCCCGAGCGUGAAAAACUCCCAGAGUCUGGAGAAAAUGGAGACGACAGAGAGGAGGCCAGCAAGGUCUCAGAGGAAGGAGCGAGUGUGCUGCUCAAGCCUCAAACACAAAACGAGGAGGCAGAUGAUGGAGGACAGACGGUCUCUGUGAGGACAGACAUCCCAGAAGCCUUAGCUGAUGAAGACAGCACAGAUAUGGUCACAAACUGGAUCAAAAUGCAUCAAAGCUCCAAGUAUUUUGAGACAUUUGUUGAGCCUUUGGAUGAUCUGAGGGAAGAGGAUUCCGAUUUAAAAGAGUCUGGAACCGAUGAAGAAACUCCAUCUACAGAGCUGGCGGGGUCAGAGAGCCCGCUAAAGAUGAAGGAGGACGAAACGGAGCCGGAGGACAAAACUCCAACUGAAACUGAGGAGACUCGAGGUGAAGAUGAUCAGAAUAAUGAGCAGACCAAUGAUGCGUUGCUAGAAAAGGAGACAAAUGAGGUAAAAACCUCAUUACAAGGUGAAGAAAUGGACAAUGGAACAGAAGAACAGGAUGGACCAGAGAAAGAGUCCCAGAGUAAUAUGUUUACUAAAGUGGAAAGUUUAUUAGGUGAUGUCACAGCUGGGAGUGUUUUUGAGGAUGAAAGUGGUGAAAACGUUAGUGAUUUUAAUGUAAAACAAGCUGACGUGUCCCUAAAAACAAGAUUUUAAUCAGGGUGUCCAACCAGAGAGUCAGGAAGACACAAACAAAACCCAAACUACAGAACCAUCUACAUCUAAGUCAGCUGAUGAAGGCUAAGACACGUCCUACAGUGAAAAUGGCCUGAGUGAGACGAUGGGGACGUUAAAGACACUGUGAAAAGAGGCAUGAGCUCGUUCUCAGAGGACAGAUCGCUGCUUGGUCACACUUCUUAUCCUUUACUGACUGCUUCAAGCACUGAGAGUGAACAGUAAGGUAAUGUGAUAUUUGUUAUUCCUAAUUUUGACAGUCAGCUGUAGCAGCAGCAGCCGUUUUAGAUCGAACAGGAUUAGCUUAAAAAGCUCCUCAGACCCUCUUCAUGUCUUAAUCUGCAGAAAUGGGUGUUUUGACUGCUGGAUUAAAUGUUUACAGAGGACCAUCUCCUCCUGUUGUUGGGAUCAAUCAAGUGUAUUUUCAGUGCGGUAUCGAGUGCAGCUGCUACCAUCUAUUACCUGUAAACAGAUACUGAUCUACUUGCUCACACACGAUUAAAUAAUUCAUAGCUGCCA